CACCUCAAUCAUCAUUUUAAGGUUGUGAGGGUCCACUUGGCACUUGUUCUUACAGAUCGAUUCUAGCUUACAUAAUGGCACUGAAACUCCUCAUCUGUCUGCUUUUUGUGGCUGGAGUGUUUCCAGACAUAGCAAUAUCAACAGGAGAAACAAUGACAUCAACAAGCAGUUCAGCCAAUACAACAGCGGCCACAACAGCGGCCACAACAGCGUCCACAACAGCGUCCACAACAGCGGCCACAAUAACGGCCACAACAGCCAAUACAACAUUGACCAACGCAACCACAACAAAACCCACAUCAUCCAGCUCUCCACCUACACCUCCAGGUGUUUGCGCCUCAAAUACAUGUGGCAGUGGAAGCACCUGUCAGGAAAGAGCAAAUGGAGAAUAUGAAUGCCUCUGUCGGGCUGGAGACUAUUAUGAUGGAAAACAGUGUGUCGAGGCCAGAGUUUUUCCUGGGACUUUAACCUUAACUGAAACGUAUGUAGAAGCAAUGGCCGACCCAACAUCAGCUAAAUUUAAAGAAACUGCAGAUGGAAUAGUUACGAAGCUGAAUGGCACACUUAAAGAAAAACCUUUGUAUCUUGGCUCUACUGUGUCUAAACUCAGCCCAGCGCCAACAAGAACAGGAAUCCUAGCUACAGUGGAAAUAAAGUUUGACACAAAGUCUGAAAUAACAUCUAAAGAUGUUAAAGAAUCAGUAAAUAAGAUACCAGAUUAUGUAUUUCAAGCAAUAAGUUUAUGUGAGGUUAAUGCAUGCGAUGAGACUACUGCUAGUUGUAAGGACAAUGGUGGAUCAUUCACAUGUACAUGCAAGGCAGGGUAUCUUCAAACAGCCUUGAGUGAUCGUCUUUGUGUUGCUUGUCCAUCAGGUCAGAAAGCAGUUGACGGCAAAUGUAAACCAUGUCCAUUUGGCUACACGGGUAUUGUUUGUGGGGACAAUUGGAAAUUGAUUCUUGUCAUAGUUGGCUCUGUGCUUGGGAGUUUACUGCUUGUUGCAAUAAUCCUUCUACCAGUACUGACUAUGAAGAAAAAUAAGAAAUCCAAGAAAGGGAAAGAAAAUGAAAAAUCCUAUGUGAACCCUGCUCCUAUGAAGACCCCGUAUGUUAGCAAUGGUACUGCAGUACCACGACCCACUCCUGUUCAAGCCACUCCAGCCAGUGGACGGCCCGGGUUUGGGGGCAACGCUGUGCCAAGGAUUCCACGAGCAACAACUAAUGAAAGCUGGGACCGCAGUAACCUUGAGAUGGCGCCAAGCAACAGCCGGCAAAACCUUAUUCCUGCUGGACGAAACUCUCGUCGGUUUGAUGAUGAUGAUGACUCAAACCCCUACAGCCGCCCAAUGAAACCGCAGAGCAACCCGUACGCCAUAGGACGACCUCAAGUCAACCCCUAUGCGUCCGGUCAGGGACACAGCAAUCCAUACUACAGAAAUGACGAUGGAAAACGCUACUAAAUGAUUCUUUGCAUAGCUUUGAUUCAAUUAUGGGUUUCAGUUUCCUGGUUUAUGCAACACUUUCAAGACUUAUAGAUAGCUAUAUUAUAUGGUUAAAUAGUUGAUCGCUAUGGCAACAGUCACAAUUUUCAAUCACUCUGAAGCCCAUGGAUAGCAUUGCAUUUAAUAAACUGUAUUUUGUGUGUGUGUGUGUGUGUGUGUGUGUGUGUGUGUGUGUGUUGUGCAUGAGUGUAGCUCUAAUGAUACAACAAAUGGUAAAAGAAACUUUAUUCUUGUUUAGUGCCAUAAUUUCUUUGUGUGUAAUUUUGCAUUGCUCUAUCUUGUAAUUUUUGUAUUAUUUGUGCAUACCUUGUUCAUAAAAUAUUUUUUCUAUAUUAAUGGUAAUACAGUCUUCUAAAUAAACAAAAAAAACUGUA